UGCACCCCUGCCCUCACACACUGCCCUCCUGACAUGGAGAAAGCCCCAGAGCUGAGCACACUGACCGCCAACAACAAGAGGCUGCCCCGCCCGUACCCAGCCCGUCAGGUCAGGCACUACAAACUCUCUGCCUUUAGAAAGGUGUGCUAUGCCAUAGGCGGAGCCCCUAACCAGGUGGCAGGGAGUGCAUCAGCCUUUUUUCUGCAGAUAUACCUCCUGGAUGUAGCACAGAUUACUCCUUUCGAGGCCUCUCUGGUGCUGAGUAUUGGCAAAACCUGGGGUGGAAUCACAGAUCCUUUGGUUGCAUUUUGCAUUAACAAAAGCAAAUGGACUGUAAUUGGACGACUGAUGCCAUGGAUUUUGGGGUGCACUCCAUUUCUCGUGCUCUCUUAUUUCUUCUUGUGGUUCGUUCCUCCCUUUGUUACCGGAAGAGUCUGUUGGUAUUUGCUGUUUUAUUGUUCCUUUCAAGCACUAAGCACGAUAUACCAUGUGCCAUAUACAACGAUGACCAUGUUCCUUAGCACAGACCAGACAGAAAGGGAUUCAGCAACAGCAUACCGAAUGACCAUGGAAGUGUUUGGGACUCUUAUUGGAGCUGCUUUACAAGGGCAGAUAGUAGCGAGCGCGCACACUUCUCAUGACUGUUAUGUGAAUAAUGGGACCAUGAACAUUUCGAUGAAUGCCACAUACUCCCCAAUGAACAGUACCAUUUUAGCUCCAGGAUCAGCAGAUUAUAAGCUGCAUGCCAGGAACGUCUACAUGAUAUCUGCCGGGGUGAUUGGCUGUAUAUAUGUGCUCUGCACGGCUGUCCUAUUUCUGGGAGUUAAAGAGAAAAAUGAUCCAUACGUUAUGUCUUCUGGGAAGGUUGUACCAUUUUGUAGCGGCUUUAAAAAAUCCAUGAGGCACAGCCCGUACUGUUAUCUCAUAGCCUCAUUCUUGCUGAUUUCUGCUGCUGUUCAGCUUCAGCAGAGCAACUUUGUCCUUUUUUGCACACAUGCUGCAGGAGACUUACGGGAUCACUUUCAGAACUUGGUGCUGACCAUCUUGAUUUCUGCAGUCCUCAGCAUCCCGUUCUGGCAGUGGUUUCUACAAAGAUUUGGCAAAAAAAUGGCUGCUUUUGGAAUUUCUUGGAUGAUCCCAUUUGCCAUCAUGCUGGUGAUUAUACCAAAUGUGAUAGUGGGAUACAUGGUAGCUGUGUCAUCAGGAUUCAGCAUUGCGGCAUCUCUGCUCCUGCCAUGGUCCAUGCUUCCUGACGUAGUGGAUAAUUUCCGUCAAUUAAAUCCUUGUGUAAAUGGACUGGAGACCAUUUUUUACUCCUCAUUUGUCUUCUUCACCAAGUUGUCCGCAGGGAUCGCACUAGGAAUUUCUACCCUGAGCCUACAAUUUGCAGGUUAUAGCAGUGGAGCAUGUAGACAAUCCAGUCAUGUGGUGCUAACCCUACAGAUGCUCAUUGGUGCGGUCCCGGCUGUCCUCAUUAUUCUAGGACUUGUCAUCCUCAUCUUUUACCCAAUCACAGAAGACACAAGGAGAGAAACAGAGCUGGCACUCAAUAAUAUAAGGUUACAGACACGACGCUCCACCCUCAUUGUCAUCUAAAGAGAACAUCCAGCUCUGGAGGGACAAGUCUACACCUAAGGAAUAUCGGCCCGCGUGAAACCACGCGCUCCUGCUCAAUCUGUGCAGUGACCGGUGUAUGGAAACCAUCAACAGCGUUGGCGCGACAUCAUCACCUUUCUGGUCCAGUCAGAGGCCAUACAGUAGCCAUACAGUGUAUUUACCUAUGGGCCAUGUAUCGCUAUAUUCUUCCCAUAAUAUGGGUGCAUAUAUUAUUUAUCAAAGACACAAAACUGUUACAUUUAUUAGAUACUUUUUUUUUCAGUGUGAAGUAAUUUUAUUAUAGUAAGAAAUAACAAUAACCAAACAUAUGCUAUAUCUAAAGUAUAUCACCUAUUCCGAGCUCACCACUGACUCUCUAAUACCCAAAAGAGAGAACAAAAUGCGAAAACUAAUACCAAAAAAAGUGGGACUCAAGGAUAAAUGGACAGAGAAAAAUAUAUACCAUAAAUUGCCUGAUUAAUGGGCGCUUAUGAUAUACUGACUGGUAUUAUUUGCAAUUUUAAUAUGAUUUGUUAUUAUAUUUUAUGUACUAUUUCUUUUAAUAAAUCAGGCAAUUUAUAGUAUAUAAGAUAUAAUAAUAUUUCUAGAUUUGUUACGUAAAAAUGUGAAUGCACAGGCGAUUGUUGACACAGAAACUAUGCAAAAUUAGCCGUAGCAGCCAUAGUUUCCCAUAGCAACCUACACUAGUUUGUCCCUCAGUUUCUAAGCUCUUACAGGAACAUAAAACAUGGACUCUACUUAAAGGAGAAAUGCGGCGCAAAACUUUUAAGUUUCCCUGUGCCCAGGCUGCAAAAACUAAAAAAACAAACUUUAACUCACCUUAUCACCGGCCGAGACGGGACAUCGUUGCGGCCGACAAUACGCCGACUGCAGUGUGACGUUCCAAGCCUAAGAAGCAGGGAGCCGAGCAGCGCCGGAGGAAUGGGACGCCGAUACCGCUGCAACGGGGGAACGUAGGAAGGUGAGUUAAAGUUUUUUUUUUUAGUUUUUGCAGCCCAGACAUGGAAACUUAAAAGUUUUGCACUGCAUUUCUCCUUUAAGACUUUGGUAUAUUUUAUUCUGCAGUAUAUUUUAUUCACAAGAUUCUCUUGUCAGCUCACCUAUGGUAGUUCUCAGCUGUGGCUCGGACGGUGCAGGGCGGCACCCAGAGUACAAUAUAAGAAGAAAAAACUUCUCCAGCGCAGAAAUUCAGUGCAGAACUCCCUUUUAUUGCUUAAGAGUCAUAAGUAAAGACACAGACAAUGUGAACAAGUAACGUGUUUUGGGCAUUGCCCCCCUCUAGGGGGACUAAAAAUGUCAUAAAAAAAAAAAAUCUAAUUUUUAAAUUAAAAAAAAUGUAAACUCCAAAGAAAUGUAUGGAAUUUGUAACCUUAAAUAUGGAAAUGUCCAAACUAUUAAAAUAUGUUAUCGAUUUCACAUGGUAAACAAAGCAAAUGCUGACCUGCGGAAUACAUUUUACAUAUGUUUUACCCCAAAAUGAAAAAUUCCACAGUGAUCGUUCUAGAGUGUGA